AUGAAACCAGCGGGUCCAGUUAAUUAUACAGGGAUCAGUCAUACGGACACUACCAUAAGCAUUUUCAAUGCCAGUUGCCAAACUCAAGAUGGAUAUGUUCAAAGAAAUUUAACGAACAUUACCUACGAAGAGAUUCCAAAUACUAUUGGUCUGUGCUUUUUUCCAAAUUAUUAUAAGGAUUAUAUAAAAAAUGAGACAGUUGAUACAGAUCCAAGGUUCACCGGGAUCGAGACAAAUAAUGAAUCCAUCAGCAUAUUACACUCUAAGUGUUUGGGUUCAGGCGUCUCUUACUUUAAUUCACCGUUAACUUAUAAUAUUCCUUAUAGUGAUAUACCAAAAACUGUUGCAGAAUGCUACUAUCCUAACAUUGAAAAGAAAACUAGCAUAGCCAAUAAGAACUCUUGUGGUGCAUUUGUUCUCCUAGUAUUAUUCUUCGUUGUACAGAUGAUGUUUUAUACGUAA